AUGUCGCUCACUUGCUUGCUGGAGCAGAAUACGCCUAGCGUCCACUUGCCGGCACCCAACUCUCACAUGUGGCUCCCCGAAGCUAGGCUGUUGUCUAGCGGCCACAACCCGGAAACCGCCUCGACCGGCGGGCUAAACCAGGUGAGGGUAUCCGUGUACACUCUGAGCACACGGUGUCGCGGACUGCGCUGGACGGUUGGUCGGAUGGAAUUCCGCGCCUGCACCGUCGAUACGAGGCUCCGUCUUGUGCACCGCAGGAAGCCACGAGCUUACCACGAUGAUCAGUCCUGACGCCGAAAGGGACAAAUUUUACGAGGACCUUCAUGCUCUCCUGGCGGCUGUGCCGUAGGUGGACAAGUUGAUUGUCGUUGGUGACUUCAACGCUCGCGUCGGCACAGACAAGGCUACCAGGAGUGGAGUGCUAGGUCCCCAUGGUCUCAACGAUUGCAAAGACAAUGGCCCUCUCCAUCUUCACACCUGCGCAGAACGCCGCCUCAUCCUGACGAACACCUUCUUCUGCCUGCGGAUGCGAAAGAAGGUCGCCUGGAUACAUCCCCGAUCGCGUCAGUGGCACCUGCUGGACCGUGUCCUAGUCCGGAGGCGAGACCAGCGGGAUGUGUUGGUGGCAAAGGCGAUUCCGAGUGCUGAUGGGUGGACCGAUCAUCGCCUCCUUAUAUCGAAGAUGCGGAUUCGCCUACAGUCUCGCAGGAGACCACAAGGUAAGCGACCCCCAGCUUAGCUGAAUAUUGCCUUGUUGUAUUUGCCUGCUCAACAUGUCGAUUUCAGCAACGAGCUAGCUCAACGGCUAGACAGCCUUUCAAUCGCUGCUGCUGCCGCCGCUGACGAGAACGCCUCAGUGGAGAACCGAUGGUAUCAACUGCGGGACACGGUCCACUCGACGGCGCUGGCCGUCCUCGGUCGUGCGCGCAGUCAAUACAAAGACUGUUUCGACGAUAACGCCGUCCUCAGCAACCUACUUGCUGAGAAAAACCGUCUGAACAAAGCCUACGUCGACCGCCCCACUGAUGACAACAGAGCUGCUUUCUACCGUAGUCGUUGCCUUGUACAACAGCGGCUGCGCGACAUGCAGGACACUUUUACGGCUCGCAAGGUCUAGGAGAUCCAAGGACACACGGACCGCAACGAAUGGAAGAAUUUCUUCUCCGCGAUCAAGGCUGCCUACGGUUCGCCAACCACAGACACUGCUCAGCUCCUCAGCGCCGACGGCGGUACCCUCCUCACUGAGAAGACACAAAUUUUACAGCGAUGGGCCGAGAACUUCCGAGGCGCCCUCAACCACCCCUCCACCAUCCCCGACGCCGCCAUCGCCCGUGUGCCGCAAGUGAAGACCAGCGUCGACCACGACCUCCCACCCUCUCUCCACGAAACCAUCAGGGUCGUUCAGCAGCUCUCCAGCGGGAAAGCGCCCGGAUCGGACGCGAUCCCUGCUGAGGUCUACAAGCGCGGUGGCCCCCAAAUCAUGGAUCACCUGACUGCGCUCUUCCAGGAGAUGUGGUGUCAAGGAGAAGUACCUCGGGAUUUCGAAGACGCCACAGUUGGGCAUCUAUACAAGCGGAAAUGAAACUGCAAGCUCUGCGACAACCAUCGAGGAAUCUCCUUGCUGAAAAUAGCCGGGAAAAUCUUCGUUCGCAUCCCACUCAGCCGUCUAAACCACCAUCUGGCACAAGGUCUACUGCCGAAAAAUCAAUGCGGAUCCCGUCGUCAUCGUGAGACCACGGACAUGAUCUUCGUCGCCCCUCAACUUCAGGAGAAGUGUAAGGAGAUGCGGACCCACCUGUACUCUACCUUCGUGGACAUGAAGAAAGCCUCCGACACGGUGAAUCGUGAAGGACUGUGGAAGAUCAUGCAGAAAUUCGGCUGUCCAGAGCGAUUCACUCAGAUGGUACGUCAGCUCCACGAUAGCAUGAGGUCACGCGUCACGGACAACGGGGCUGUCUCAGAGGUAUUCAGAGUGACCGACGGAGUGAAACAGGGCUGCGUGCUGGCGCCUACCCUCUUCAGUCUAAUGUUCUCUGCCAUGCUGAUGGACGCCUACCGCGACGAACUCCCCGGGAUCCGCAUCGCCUACAGGACGGGCGGUCACCUCCUGAAUCAACGGCGGGUGCACUUCCAAUCGCGAGUAUCCACAACCACCGUCCACGAACUUCGCCGACGACUGUGCUCUGAACACCACCUCGGAAGAGGAGAUGCAACGCAGCAUGGACCUGUUCUCCUCCGCCUGCGAUAA